UAAUGCAAAAAUAGAAGUUGUUUAUAUUACAAAAAUAAAGAAAAGAACUUGAAGAACAUAUUGAAUAAUUAAAUUAACAACUUUAAGUGUAUUAUGAUAAAGGAUACAACAAAUCAUUAAUUGAUGAUGAAGGAUUUCCAAGACAAGAUUUAGAUUUUGGGGAAUUAUCAACAUAUAAAAAUUUAAGAAGAGAAUUCAAUGAAAAAAAUAAUGAUUAUAAAGAUUUAAUGAAACUUUUAGAAUAAAGUAAUGAUUAAUAUUAUGAAUUAGCAAUUGUGGGUUAUCAUUAAGAAUUAUAAAAUGAUCCCAAUCUCAAUAAUGAAAUAGAAGAAUACACAUAAAAAUGGAGAGAAUAGUAAUAAAAGUAAUAAUAAUAGUUAUAAUAACAGUAAUAACAAUAAUAAUAGUAAAAAUAAUAAUCUAAUAAUUAAUUAAAUAAUAAUAAUAAUGAAUAUUGUAAAUAAAAUGAAAAUGAUCUAAUUAAACCCUUUGCUUAUUUAGAAGAUGUCAUAAAAGAGUCACCUGCAGACAAAGCUGGUUUUAAAAUAAAUGAUUUUUUGAUUAGAUUUGGAAUAAUAGAUCAUAGCAAUCAUAAUCGAUUAUAAAAUCUUUAUGAUUAUAUCAAAAAUUAGUAGAAUAAAUAAAUAAAUGUAAAAAUAGUUCGUCUGUUAGUACCUUCAAUAAAUAUUAAAAAUAUUGAUUUUUCAACAGAAUCUUACAUAAUAAUGGACAUGACUAUAACACCUUAGGCAUGGAAUGGAAAAGGUUUAUUAGGAUGGAAAAUGAACAUGAUUUGAAUCAUUUAUAG